UGAUGGGAGGCAAAACGCCAUCCAACUAAAACACUGUCUGAAUAAAAAAUACCGCUGACUUUUACAGAUGAUAAAUUUGAUUUUUAGACUAUUUUUAGACAUAACUAGGUAGGAGUACUCCUAUGCAUAAAAAUUUUAGGCAUUUUAAUAUUUGGUUAACUCUAUGUGAAAUGGAAGGUAUUUUUACUCUACUGUGUGAACGGGAUUUUGGUUGGUCGGUAGGAUGUCCUGGAUAAUAACAAGAAGGGUUUAAAGGAAUGAUGGGAUGAGUUAUUUUGUGAAUAAUCGAGAAGAUAAGAUAGAAAUUUUACUGCAUAAGUGUCGGUCUGUAAAUUUAGAUCCGCAACUUUAAAAUUUCGCCCACAAAAAUAAAUAAUUUAAACAUUGGCAUUUUGUUUAUUUCAAAGAAUGAAGUCAGAAUUUUUGGAAUUCUUGCUAAAAGUCACUAGACGUCCUCUUACAUUUCUAAAUAAUUUAUUUUAAUUUUACAGAUUAUUUUUCAUAUUAAUAAUUAAAAAUAUGGUUGAGUCUGCUAUUUUGUCUAAGAAGCCUAAAAAGAACAAAAGAAAAUUAGAAGAAGAUGAAGAAGAGGAGGAUCUUUCUCUAAAUGUUAAAACAAGCAAAAAACCAUCGUUACCAGAUUCUUUAUUAUCAACAUUGUCUGAGGAUGGGGGACAAAUACGUGAUUUAAAUAUUUUAAAAGAAAGAUUGCAAGAUGUUAUUCAAAUUCUUGGAGAUUUUAAAAAUAGAGCUGAACCUGGACGUAAAAGAAAAGAUUAUUUACAAAUGUUUUUAAAAGAUUUGUGUGCUUAUUAUAAUUAUAAUGAAUUUCUAAUGGAAAAAUUUAUGAAUCUUUUUCCAAAUGGAACUGAGUUAAUUGAAUUUCUUGAUGCAAAUGAACACCAGAGACCUGUUACUAUUCGAACUAAUCCAUUGAAGACAAGAAGAGGAGAACUUGCAAAAUCAUUGAUUGCUCGUGGAAUGAAUGUAGAUCCAGCAGCUAAAUGGACAAAAGUUGGGUUAAUUGUUUAUGAUUCUCAAGUUCCCGUUGGUGCAACGCCUGAAUAUUUGGCUGGACAUUACAUCCUUCAAGGACUUUCUUCAUUUUUACCAGUUAUGGCACUCGCACCACAACCUAAUGAAAGAAUUUUGGUUUCUUAA